AGAUUGUUGAUAAGGACUCGUUGAGUAUGUUUUACAACGGAUGCAUGACAAUUGUAACCCAAAACGGCGAAAGUGGAACCAGAUUGUGGAUGAGAGGGCUGAAUUCCAAUGGAGCAAGAAGUUUAGCCCUUUGGAGCCUCAAGACCCAUUGGGUACAUUCUAUGAUGGCUGCCUUACAAUGUUAACUCAAAGGACUUUCAGGGAGUUUGAAUACUCAACUCGUGAAAGCCCUAGAGUUAGUGCAAAGAUCUCAGAGGUGGCCAUGCGUCCUCAGAACGUUUUUGCAAGUUUUGCUAGCGGUAUAAUAGGUGAAGAUUCACCUUACAUCAAGAUGAAGUCCUACAAAGGACUAGAUGGAGCUUUCGCAAGUUUCCGGUUUCUCAUCCCAGUUGUGAUAGCUGGCGGUUUCAAAGCCUACAAAAUGUGCAUCUCUUACAAGGAAAAGAGGUUAAAGAUUUUGAAACAACAAAAGUCAUAUGAAGUCAUCGACCAAAGGUGAGUCUUAUUAUUUUUUUAAUAAUCAUGAAAGUGAUAA